CGCCACCGUUCAUCCUCUAUCCUCCACAAAUCUAAUUCUCCUAUUUUUCUUGCUUCAGAAAGAACUAGCCAUAAUCAUCUUCCAACCAUGUAGGCAUCUUAUCUUUUUAAACAUCAUCAUCACCAUUCAUUGCAGCACCACCUUCUUCACUCACUAGUCCCUAGUAAUGGCAGAUGCCAAGAGCAACCCCAAUGCACAACUCCUUGAAGAACUGGAAGCUUUGAGCGAAUCCCUUUACAAACAACACACCUCCACUACCACAGCCAGAAGAACAACUUCCCUUGUGUUGCCACGAACUUCAGCUCCGCCUAUCGAAGAUGCCAAACAUGAUGAUGGAAACAGCAACAAAACUCGGCGGCGCAUGUCCAUGUCCCCAUGGCGAUCAAGGCCAAAGCCUGAUGAUGAUGCCACUGCCAAGGCAGAAACCAAAAAGCUUGAUGACAACACAUCAACAAUUUCUUCAGGUGAAAGUAACAAGAAAGGGAUUUGGAAGUGGAAGCCUAUUCGGGCUUUGUCUCACAUUGGAAUGCAGAAACUAAGCUGCUUGUUUUCUGUUGAAGUGGUCAUAGCUCAAGGCCUUCCUUCUUCCAUGAAUGGACUUAGACUAUCCGUUUGUGUUAGAAAGAAGGAAACAAAGGAUGGAGCGGUUAAGACAAUGCCAUCAAGGGUUGCACAAGGAGCUGCAGAUUUUGAAGAGACCCUUUUCAUCAGGUGUCAUGUUUAUCAUACCUCCAACCAAGGCACUGCUGCAAAGCACAUCAAGUUUGAGCCGCGCCUCUUUUGGAUAUACCUUUUUUCUGUUGAUGCUAAGGAGCUUGAUUUUGGAAGAAGCUCUGUGGACUUGACUGAGUUGAUAAGAGAAUCCAUUGAGAAAAACCAACAAGGCAUGCGGCUGAGGCAAUGGGACACAAGCUUUGGCCUGUCUGGGAAGGCAAAAGGAGGAGAACUUGUUCUCAAACUGGGCUUCCAGAUAAUGGAGAAAGAUGGAGGAGUUGAUAUAUAUAAUAAUAAUAAUAAUCAUAAUAAUCAAGUGGAGAAUUCAAAGUCCAGCUUUGGCAAGCUUAGUAGCUUCUCUUCUUCUUUUGCUCGUAAACAAUCCAAGACAUCAUUCAGCAUGUCUAGUCCUAGAAUGACAAGUAGAAAUGAUGCAUGGACUCCUUCACAAUCAGGAAUAGGAGAGGAUAUUCAAGGAAUGGAUGAUUUGAACCUUGAUGAUGACCCAAAUCCGGUGCCGGCUCAGGAUUCCUCUUCCUCUACACAGAAAGUUGAUGAACCACGUAGUAAGGAACAGGUGGAGGAUUUUGAUCUUCCAGAUUUCGAGGUUGUGGAUAAAGGGGUUGAGGUUCAAGAGAAGGAAGAAGAUGGAGGAGAGGAAGCUGAGGAACCUGUCCAACAAGAGGAAUCAACUUCAAGUGAGGUUGUCAAGGAAGUAGUGCUUGAUCAUGUGCACCUUACUAGAUUGUCUGAGCUUGAUUCAAUUGCUCAGCAGAUAAAAGCUCUUGAGUCUAUAAUGGGAGAAGAUGAUAAUAAGUUUACGAAUAUAGAAGAAGAGACAGAACCACAGAGGCUAGAUGCAGAUGAAGAAACUGUGACUAAGGAGUUUCUUCAGAUGCUUGAGGAUCAAGAAAACAGUGAUUACUACUUGUUCAAUCAACCUGAAAUUCCACCUCUAAAGCUUGAAGGACACGAUGAUGCUUCUUCUGCUGAAGAUGGAGAAUCCAAAGUGUAUCUUCCUGACCUUGGAAAGGGCUUGGGUUGUGUAAUUCAAACAAAGGAUGGAGGCUACUUGGCAUCUAUGAACCCUUUUGAUAUCGCUGUGGCUAGAAAAGAUGCUCCAAAGCUAGCUAUGCAGAUAUCAAGGCCUUUUGUGUUGGCAAUGGCAUCACACCAAUCCUUGACAGGGUUCGAGUUGUUUCAGAAAUUGGCUGACAUUGGCUUUGAUGAACUCAGCUCCAAGGUUUUGUCCUUAAUGCCAAUAGAUGAAAUGGUAGGCAAAACUGCAGAACAGGUUGCUUUCGAAGGCAUUGCCAAUGCCAUCAUACAAGGUAGGAACAAGGAAGGAGCAAGUUCCAGUGCUGCUAGAAUAGUUUCUUACUUGAAAAGCAUGGGAAGUGCCAUGAGUUCAGGAAGAAGAGAGAGAAUAACAACAGGACUUUGGAAUGUUGAAGAGGAGCCACUCACAGCAGAAAAGCUUCUGGCGUUUGCCAUGCAGAAGGUUGAAUCCAUGACAGUUGAAGCAUUGAAAAUUCAAGCUGACAUGGCCGAGGAAUUAGAAGCCCCAUUUGAUAUUUCUGCAAAGAAAGGAGAGGCUGGGAAGGAUCUUUUGGCUUCGGCUAUUCCACUUGAGGAAUGGAUCAGAAACCAAAGCUAUACUAAAACUGCUGGCGCAGGAUGUUCUGAUGGGGAACCUGAAAAAGUGACACUGGUAUUGGUUGUCCAAUUGAGGGAUCCAAUGAGACGCUAUGAAGCAGUUGGAGGACCUGUGAUGGUGCUGAUUCAUGUAACAAGUGCCGCUGAGACAAAGAGGAAAGAGAAAAGGUUCAAGGUAACAAGCAUGCAUGUGGGGGGUUUCAAGUUAACAAGUGUCAUAAAGAAGAAUGCAUUGGACAGUGGGAAGCAAAGACUCACUGCAAUGCAAUGGUUGGUUGCAUAUGGUUUGGGAAAGGCAGGGAACAAGAAAGGGAAGCAAACAUUGGCAAAGGGACAACAGCAAGACCUGUUGUGGAGCAUUUCAUCACGAAUAGUUGCUGACAUGUGGCUCAAAACCAUGAGAAAUCCAGAUAUCAAUCUUGGAAAGUAGUAGUAAUUAGCACCUCCAUUCUAUUGUUAGUUAAUUAUGCCGAGGAAGUAGUCUUGCAUUCAUGUCCUAGUCAAAGAUUCUUGUUUACAACACACACACACCUAAGCCACUGCAGCUACCUAUACCAUUUGAGAAGAUUUAUGAAUACAACAAGAAUUGUGUAAAUGUCGUGCCAUGAUUAGUUUUUUUUUUUUUUUUUGUAAAAGCCAAUAAAAUUUCUGAGUCGUAUAUAGGACAUAUGGUAUUUCAACGAUAAAGGGGUAGAUUAGCUCUACAAGGUCCCAUCAACCUCAUUUCCAUUUUUUUAUCUUUGUUUUUAUUUUCGUCCUGUCUGCAUAUUUGUUGAUUUGGUUGGACGAUAAAUCUUAUCAAUACAUUGUUUUAUUAUUA